AUGGAGCAGUCAGUGGUAGAGAGGAAGCGACCAACUGAUUUCGAUGUGGAAGAUGUCUCAUUACGGCGGAUGGUAAAUGCUGCGUACACCAAGCACGUUUAUCCUUUAAUUGUUCCUUCAGAUGUUGGCGAGAUUGAUGUUAAACAAAAGCUGGAUGCUGUCGAUGAAAUACAGCUAAAUAUGUUUCGUUAUCGACGCAUGGCGGACAUGGGCUACGAAGCGCUUUUGACAUCGCCACUUUCAUAUUUGUCGAAGUUUACGGGGCUGGGGCAGGUAAAACCUAAACGCCAUACUGAGGGACUUCGGUAA